AUGAAGUGCGAAAUCUACUUGGUUCUGAAUGAUAUAUUUUCAUCCGCGUGUCUCUCUCCGAGUCACACCUCGAGGCGCCACAGUGUUUUCAAAACGGAUGCCGAGAAAAUCCAGCCGACCAACGCAGAUAAUCUGAGAACUGCGGCUACCAUUCCAACACUUGAAAUUGUAACGGCUCGAGCAGAACUAGCUCGACUGAAUGCGGCUCGAGAUGGCCGGCAAACGACGACGCAUGAACUGAGAGCCUCUGCGGCCGCCAGGCCGGCCGGUACACCAGCUCUCCAAGUUGUUCGAGAUGAUGCUGCACUGCAGCUAGCAGAGGCUGAGCUGGCACUUAGAGUUGCCUCAGCAGAACAGGGUGAGCAAGCCGUCGCGGCAGUGCAAGCUGCCCAUGAUCAAGCUUUAUUCGCAGCACGACCACGCCCUGCCAAAGGCAACGCGCUGGUUCAACACCAAAACGCACCUCUAAGAGGCAACGUCAUCCACCGCGCAUAUAACGAGGUGAGCGAAGAGGAUGAGCGCACUCUACAGCAAUUGGUAAAUCGAUGCUAUAAAUCUCUGGGGAAUGCCGAGGACACGCCCCCGAGGAGUUUAUCCAACGCUUCUAUGAAUGAUUGUUUGGUGGUGGGUGGAACUGUUUAA